AUGGGAGGUGCGGAGGUUGCUACAGGAAGUGUUGGACAAUUGAUUCUGGACUCUAUUCUCACUUCAAAGGGAAAGGCUCAGAAGUCUGCUGAAUCAGCUUGUAGGAACUUGAAUCUUGUUGUGGCUAACCUAGUUAAAUCCAUUGAGCAAGGUGUGUUAACUGGAUGGCAAAUGUCGAAUGCUGUGGAGUUGCCUACUGAUAGUUAG